GCCAAGCUGCCGUCGCUAUGUCGUUACAACAGACCCCUCAGUCGCGGGUGUUCGUGGAACUGCUUCCCUGGACCGACCGGGGCCGUGAGAACUAUCUGCUCUCGGAUGGAGAGACGCUGCCCGGCCUCCGCCGCCCUCUCUCCUCAGCGCCAGCCCAAACUCCCACCCGCGAGGUGCAUGUCAGCGGCACCGCGGAGGUGUCUGCGAGCCCCGACCGGGCGCAGGUGGUCGUGCGGGUGAGCAGCACCAAGGAGGCGGCGGCCGAGGCCAAGAAGAGCGUUUGCCGCCGCCUGGACUACAUCACGCAGAGCCUCCGGCAGCAGGGCGUGCAGUCAGAAAAUGUAACUGUGACAAAGGAUUUUAAAAGGCUAGAAAAUGCUUAUCACAUGGAAGCAGAGGUCUGCAUUACAUUUACUGAAUUUGGAAAAAUGCAAAAUAUCUGUAACUUUCUUGUUGAAAAGCUAGAUAGCUCUGUUGUCAUCAGCCAACCCCAGUUCUAUCAUAUGCCAGGUUCUAUUGAUAACCUUCGACGACAAGCCUGUCUUGCUGCUGUAGAAAACGCACGGCGCAAAGCUCAAGAAGUCUGUAACCUUGUUGGCCAAACUCUAGGAAAACCUUUAAUAAUCAAAGAAGAAGAAACGAAAGAAUGGGAAGGCCAAAUAGAUGAUCCCCAGUCAUCCAGACUUUCAAGUUCAUUAACCGUACAACAAAAAAUCAAAAGUGCAACAAUACACACUGCUUCCAAAGUAUUUAUAACUUUUGAAGUAAAGGGGAGAGAGAAGAAAAAAAAACACAUCUGAAAUUCUGACCAAAAUAUAUUGUGUUUGUAUCUUUUUUUGUCUAUUUUUAUACUUUUUAUAAUGUUUGCUUUUAUCCUAAAUAUAUAUAUUGUAUAGUAUAUAAUAAAGUGUUUCACCCCCAAGCCUGUCAAUCCUUGAAUAUAGUUCCACAGAAUACUUAAUGUUUACUUUCUGUUUUCAAAAACUUAUUACGGGAAGUACUCUGGAAACAAAUGUGUUAUAUACACUUGUAUACGGACAGUUCAUAUAAGUGCAUGUGUAAAUAAUUUUAUAUUUCUACUCUGGAAAGAAAUGUUGACACAGUUAUUAACAUGAUUCUUAACAUUCAUUCUUAGAAAGAACAAUGGGUUUCUCUGGUAGCUCAGUAAAGAAUCCACCUACAAUGCAGGAGACCUGGGUUCGAUUUCUGGGUUGGGAAGUUCUGCUGGAGAAGGGUAUGACAACUCGCUCCAGUAUUCUUGCCUGGAGAAUCCCAUGGACAGAGGAGCCUGGUGGGCUACAGUCCAUGGGGUUGCAGAGUCAGACACAACUGAGUGACUAACACUUUUACUUUCACACUUGCACAACAUUCAUUCUUAGAACAAUGAGCAAUACAUAACUUUUGAUAAAAGGAUAAUGAUGUAUACUAAGAAAAUAUUCUGAUGGCAGAAAUAAAAGGUAAUAUAUGGACCAGACUGUCUUCACCAGGACUCCUUUGAUUAUACCAGCUUUCUCCAGUACAAAUAUAAUGCAAUCCAUGUAUGUAAUUUAAAAUUUCUUAGUAGGCAUAUUUUUUAAAAAGUAAAAAACAGUUGAAACUAAUUUUAAUACUUUAUUUAACCUAGCAUAUCCAAAAUAUCAUUUCAGCAUGUAACUAUUUUCUAAAUAAUUAAUGGAUAUUUUAUAUUCUUUUUUAUCGUGUUUUCAAAAUCCAGUGUGUAUUUUAUAUUACAGCAUAUCUCAAUUCAUAUGCUAAAUUUUCAUCACAAAUACUUGAUCUGUAUAUAAUUUUCUUAAAAUAUAGGCAGAAAAAAAUAGGUUUCCAUACCCGUGUUGUUCCAGACAUGCUUAAAGAUCUAGUAACUGAAUCAAGUGUAAGUUUUUAAAUUAAAAAAAAAAAAUUUUUUUAACAUUGAGUUCCUUAGUUUCACUAGCUGCAUUUCAGGGACUUGAAAGCCAUAAGUAGGUAGUGGCCACCAUGUUGGACAGCACAGAGCCAUACACUGAGAUGAUCCUUAAGGCCAUCAACAAGUACGUCACUGCUCUUGCAAUAUACACUGUCUAAAGUGUAUCUACAGAAAACAAGUCUGUCAUGUUGCACAGGCUUACCAUUCCCCACCACACAGCUAGGCCCUUGGGGUUGUUGUUUUUUUUUUUCCUGAUAUUUCUCGAUACUCAUAUGCCAAUAUUUCUGUCCUAUAACAUAUUCCAGUAUGCAGUUUCCAUCCCCACCCACUUCCUUAAGUGGCACUAAAAACUACUUCUCCAUCUCUUCUGUAGUAUCCUUAGUGGGAGGGAAUAUGGAAGCUAAGAAGAAGAACUUUAGAAUCUGACGCUGCUAUUUUAAAAUCCUGAUUUUACCACUUGAGUGUAAGCUUCUUAGAAUGGAGAUCUUGUCUUUCUCAUUCACAACUGCAUUCUCGGUCUCAGCAUAGUGACAGAGCCAGCACAGAGUAGGUUCUCAAGUAUCUGCUGAGCAUAUAAACCGGUUAUAAAAACUUGGCAAGUCACUUUAAUUAAGCUUCUCUUUCUUCACCAGUGAAAUGGGGCUAAUAUCUAUCCUGCAGUGUUACUAUAAGGAUUAAAGAUAAAUGUAAGACAAUAAAGAAUAUUGCCUAGUACAUAACAGUCAUUUGGUAAAUGGUAGCCACUCUAUCAACUGCAUUCUUUGAUGAUUGUCAACCCAAGUAAAAUCUGCCUUUUCCAAGUCUUCCAUUAAGAUGAAUUUUUAAAUAGUCGUAUUAAAAAUAAACAUAUCAGAAAAUCA